AUGGUCCGCCUUAACGAGUCCAUUGAGUGCUUAAUCACCUUCUGCUCCACCAUUCUUUUUAUUGUCUCUUUCACCUUGUCUCUAUAUUUUUCCCUGCAUGGUGGCAAGGGCUGCAGAUUCUCUCUUGCUAACCCGUUACUUAUUACGAGUUUCUUCCUAAUUGCAGUGGCUUUUCUGGGAUUCUGUUCACCUUUCUCAACCAUCAACUCCAUUGUUUACUUGAUUUUGUUGUUCUUCUCCAUUGUUUCCUUUGCCAUCUUCCUUGUUUAUUUAAUUCCUAUCACUCAUGCUCCGGCGACCAAAGCUUCACCGGAGUUGGGGUCUAAAGAACAGCAUCUCGGGGAUUAUUCAAAUUUUUUAAAAAACCUGUUCGUGAAUGACGAGUCUGACUGGCAUGAUAUCUUGAUUUCUUGCGUAAUUAGAACUCAGGUGUGCACCAAUCUUGCUGGGCACAGUAAACUUCAGACGGGCGCUGCUUUUUAUAAGAAAAAUUUGUCUCCUAUAGAGUCGGGUUGUUGCAGACCACCGAUUGAGUGCAGGUUUGAUUAUGUGAACGCCACAUUCUGGACAGCACCAGCGUCAGGCGCGGCGGUGUAUGACAGCGACUGCUUCAAUUGGAGGAAUGAGCAAAAGACGUUAUGUUAUAACUGCGAUUCGUGCAAGGCUGGGGUUCUUGAAUAUGCCAGAAAAGACUUGAGAAUUUGGGCUAUAGUCAACCUAGUUCUUGUUCUCUUUCUCUUCAGCGCCUGGUUAGCAUUGCUGUUUUCAUUGGGAGAAGAAGAAGAAACUUUAGAAUUACAUUAA